ACAGCAAUCACUGCAAUGGCGGAUUACGAUAACUACGAUGACCGGGAUCGGGCUUACGGGAGCUUUGGUGGAGGACGAGGACCCCGAGGUGGUGGCGGCCCAGGCGGACCCCGUAAGCAGAAGGAGCUGCCCACAGAGCCCCCAUACACAGCAUAUGUUGGGAACCUGCCUUUCAACACAGUGCAGGGCGAUAUAGAUGCCAUUUUCAAAGACCUUAACCUCAGGAGUGUUCGACUAGUCAGAGACAAAGAGACAGACAAGUUUAAAGGUUUCUGUUACGUAGAGUUUGACGACUUGGAAUCUCUGAAAGAAGCGUUGACGUACGACGGUGCUCUCCUUGGGGAUCGAUCGUUGAGGGUGGACAUCGCUGAGGGACGAAGACAAGAGCGAGGAGGCGGAGGGUUUGGUUUCCGAAAAGACGACAGAGGCCGUGGUGGCUCACGCGGUCCCAGAGGAGGGGGACGAGAUUCCAGAGACGACUUCGACCACUCUGGAGGAGGAUAUAGAGAUGAUGACUUCAUGGGUGGGAGGAGUCGAGGUGGCGGUCGUCCUGGUGACAGGAGGGGGGGCGGAGGAAUGGGGCGCUACAGGGAUGGACCUCCACCACGUGGAGGCCAGACAGACUUCAGAGAACCCUCUGAAGAGGAAAGAGCACAGAGACCAAGGCUACAGUUGAAGCCUCGUACGGUCAACGAACCUCUAAACCAAGUGGCUAACCCCAACUCGGCCAUUUUUGGGGGUGCCAAGCCCAGGGAGGAGAAUUAAUAUAUCCGUGUGGCUGCAUUAUUCUGGAAGGCUAGACUGGAUCUACGGGCUUUGUCCACCAAAAAAAUCUUUCAAAGACUCCCUAAGAAAAUAAAGGUGCCGGGCUCCUCCCAAUUAUAUGCUAAUCCAAAAUGGCUCAGCCUCUGAUUGGCUUUAGAGCAGUUGGAGCCAGAACCUCUGGAAAAAAAGUGGGCGUGGUAUGUGCUUUGCCCAUCCCUGCUUAGUCCUCUCAGAGUGAACCUCCCGCAGACCUAAACAUAAGGACAGUGGCUUCGGUUUGAUUCUGUUGCCUUUGGGUAAGGAUCUCAUGAUGUGUAACUUUUUUCCUCCAUCCUUUUCCCAAGGCAUCUUUUUCGAGUUUAAAGCAACCUCUUUGAAUUUCUAGAUAUGCAGGAGUAGAAAGUGACCUGCAGUGUCUUUUUAUAGUUUUUUUUUUCCUUUCCUUCCUAAAGUUUUUUCCCUAUUUGUAAAAUGAAAGUCCUUUCAACCUCAUAAAAUUCCACUGUCUUAAAAAUUAAAUGAUUUCAAUGCCACGUUGAGUGUGAAUGUUGGUUUCUCUUUUUGUGUAAUUCAAGGCCUAAUUCAUCCUAAUUUUGAAAGAUUUUUGAUCCAGUCUGUUUAAUCCAAACAAGGAGAUGCUUUCUUCAAUAAUGCGACACAAUCUCAGUUCAUUUAGAAGAGCAAUGUGAACACAUGUAGGAUUUGAAUCAUGAACAUGAAUAUCUACUGCAACCAUAGUCUGACAGGGGUCAGCCUCCACUACUUCAUGGUAAUGUAUUUCGUUGUAAAAUGAAUUAAAAAAAAAAAAAAAGGCAUACAGAAUUAUAAAUCACUCUUAAUACAGUCCGGUGUAAUACAUUUACCUAGGAAGCAUAUUGAACAAAAACACCACUUGCUUUCACAUACCCAGCCAAGCGGUCACCAGGCGCUGUAGUCAUGUCUCCUAUUAGAUCAAAGUGUAGAGUUCUCCUGGGAAAUCCUGUGCAUUGCAAUCAUUUUAUUUACUGGACAUGAAAUGGAGAAAGUGGAACCUUUUUCUUACUGUACUAUAGAGAGAAAGGCUGUUUUUAUUCUUUUGUUUUUCUUUUUCUUUUUCCUACACUGUUUAUGGCAAUAAAAUGUAUCCUCUUACAGUGUUUCAGAUGAAUGUGUUUAAAUGGGGAUGGAGUGGGAGCAAAAACAAGAUUAUAUACCUGUCCACGUAAAACGUUACCAUGUAUGUAAUAGGAAAGGGAAACACACUUGAUAAAUAUUUCUUAAUUCUCUCUCUUUUUUUUUUUUUUUUUGUACGUCACCCAAAGUCCCUGGAUGAAGAAAACUAGUUUUAAAACACCUUAUUCAUUUGAGCAGGCACGAGACAGAAUUUUCUAGAAUGUCUCUUGGUUUGUCCCUGAAUGAUGUGAUUGCCCAUCUUUGAUAUUUGGUACCAUUUCAGUCGUUUUGAUGUUUCUGGAUCUUUCAUUUUACUGACACAAGUUUAGAAUUGGAUGCUUUCUUUGCCUUGGAGCAAAUGUCAUACAUUCUUUCUCAAUUUUGAAAUUUUAUAAUAAGUCUGAGUCAUGUGUUGAAUAGUAUAGAAAGAAUUUGUAAAACUGAUUUGUUAGUACUUAAAUGUUUAUUAACAGUAAUACGUUUGUUCACCUAUUCUCUCCUGGCCUGAAGAACAAAUGAGUAAAUUUUACUGAAUGAUACUCAGAACUCAAGGACUGAAUGCGUCAGUAUGAGCAUACAGAAGGGGUUUUGGUACACAAUAAGAUUUCUUUUCUUAGAUGAGCAGUUUACUUAAAACACAACAAACCCAUAAGGAAAAUAAUCCUCAUACGAUGACUAAAAUGCAGAACAUGUACUCGGUGCACAGUAGUUUUUUUGUUUUUGUUUUUGUUUUUGUCAGUGACAGUAUAAUGUGUAAAAUGCUCAGAAGUCAAAGACAUGCAUUGACUGUGUGCUGCCCAGAGAGAGAGAGAGUGUGUGUGUGUGUAUAAUCGAUUGUGUCAGUAUAAGAGUGAACUGAAGGUUUUGCUUUAGAGUGUUUGUUUUUUCUAAACUACAAAAAAAAAAAAAAAAUUCAUAUGCUGUUCUGAAAAGAUCAUAUUAUCGGUUGAUGGGGAUGGGUGAGACAUUGAAGCUCUGUUAUUUAUGAAUGAUCUCUUUAAAAACGAAAAGGACACAAAAUUAUAUAUUUUUUUUGGUUGCAGUUUAAGCGAUGAUGCUUCAUUUUUCUUUCUAGCAUGACAUUGUAUAUUGUACUUCUCUCACAUUUAGUCCCUCUACAAAUACAGUCUUGUUAAA